AUGGCCUCAGCCGCCACAAUCACCUCCCCCAAAAUCAACCUUAAGCUUACAUCAAACGACUCCGCUGUUCUGCAGGCCCUUUUCGAUAAUGGCGAAGGCGCAUUUCCAAUUCCGUCCUCGACAGAUUCGUCCGCUGAAAACACAGCCGCCGUUGACUCGCAAACCAUCAAUAUCGACGACUCAUUACCAGCAUUUCCUCGAUGUCAUAUAGGAGAGGCGGCGUUGAGGUCAUUGAAAGAUCGCGAACUAGCCAUAGUCAGACGGAUACAGGAUAACGGGUCACUAUCGAGCACAUUUUCUACCCAACAAGCGUCGUCAUCGUCAUCAACGUCAACACACAUUCUAGAGCAAGCUAUUGAUGAUCUGUCAUCACUAAUAGCCGAAUACCCCGACUAUCCACCCUUAUACGCAAACAGAGCGCAGGCAUUACGAGUACUCAUUCAGUUCAAACAUUCGGACACAAAUUCUACGGACAAAGAUGCCGCUAUAUUCCAUCCCAAAAACAAAGAUCUAGCAACGAAACUCCUUUCGAAUUUGAGCAAAGCCAUAUCAUUAGCCAGCCCUACCCCCACCGACCCCAAUCGAGACACCACCAGCGUCUCAGCUGCCCAAUACCGUCUACUGUCAAAUACGCACAUGCAUAGGGGUUAUCUUCUACUCAAAGCGGGCAAGAUCCGCAAGGAAGAGGAAGAGAACACAAACCAGACACAACAAACAGAACGAGGAGGACCGGAACAACUCCUUGCUAUCUCUAGUAGAGAUCAACUCGAAGAAAUGGCUAGUCAGGAUUUCUUUGAGGCAGGUCGGUAUGGAAAUGAAGUUGCGAAACAGUUGAGUGUGGGGACAAAUCCAUAUGCAAAGAUGUGUGGUGCUAUUGUGAAGGAGGCUUUGAAGAAGGAGAUUGAAGAGUUUCAGUCUUGA